AUGGCUACAGAUGAAGAUAAAAGGGUAUUCUCUGAGAUACGGCCCUAUUGUGUGAAGUUAUCUCAAUUCACUUUAGUUCCACCAGGCACUUUUGAUCAAUCUUCCAUACAAGUAACUGAAGCUUUGAAAGAUGUUUACACCCACUUGAGAGAUUCAGUCAAGCCUGGUGCUACACUAUCCACAGCAUUGGCUGAUUUCAUAUUCGUUCCUUUAUCUUAUUUAUUGAAACAACCUAACCUUAGUGAUCCUCAAAUUGAAUUGUUACUCAAAGUUUUAACCAUCCUUAUAAGGCAUUGCUGGUCUCCUGCUGGAUCAAUCCCAUAUGUUCUUGCUAAGCAAUUGUUUCCCUUAAUUACAUUCUUAACUGGUGGUAGCCCUAACGCUGAUGACAAGAGUGAAAUUGAUGUGAAAUCAGAUGAACUAAAAUUAGCUGGUUCCGAAACUUUACAGGUUUUUUUCAACUCUUUAUCUAAACAAAAAGGUGCUAAGAUAUAUGAUUUUUUCAGCAAUGUUGAAACGCUACCAGCUCUUGGUCAUGCAGUUACUGUUUUGUUACAUUUUUGUGAACAUGGAAAAUCAAUUGAGCUUCAAUUACAAGCUAUAAGGACAUUAUGCACAUUAUAUUUUGAUUUGGUAGCGGACGGUGAAAUAUUGUCUUAUAUUUUACCUGGAAACGUUUCAUCUUUGGCAAAAGUCAUUGCUGCUCCUGGACUUAAAACACAUUAUACUGUUUUAGUUGAAGCAAUAGAAUUACUUGGAAAGCUUUUGGUUCUUGUUUAUAAUGAUGUUGACUUGAAAACAAAAGUCAAAGAACUUGAAUCUAUUGAAGAUAUCAUGGAUAGCUCAGAAAUGGAUAUAAUAACUAUUGAGGAAGCUGAUUUCAAAAAAGUUCAUAGAACAAACAAGUGGUUAAAAGCAACUUCAAGUCAAGUUAAAUUGGCUCUACAAAAUAUUAAAAAUGUUGGACCAAAUGCUAGAAUUGAAGUAAAAAGAGCUCUUCUUUUGUUUUGCACUCAAAUUAUUCAAGAAUGCUUAUAUUCUUUGAGUAGCUCAAUUCCUGUUGUUGUGAACAUCCUCUCACUUUUAUCAAAUGAUUCCAGAAUAGAGAUUGAUUCAAAAAAGCUGAUUGCUUCUGAUUCUUAUAAAAACCAAAAAUUGUUUGAUAAAGUUGUCUCAAAUGAAUUGAGCACUAGUAUAGAUAAAUUUUCAUCUGUUCUUCAAUCCCCAAAUGAAGAAAAGAUUUUGUCUACAAUAGGAGCUAUUGACUUUACUAUAAGGCAUAGUCAUGAUCAAGUUCUUGCAUCCAAACUUAUCAAUUUCACAGUCAUGGAGCUAUCAGAUCUAUUGAAGAAAUCGCUUUCCAAAUCCAAAGUCAUCAGUGAUUCAAAUGAUAUAUCGAAUUUGAUGUUGAUUACAAAUGAAACGAAUGACUCAAGACCAGAUUUUAAACAGCUUUUGGUAUUUAGUAAAGUAUUUUCUGAAACAGUGGAAACCAAGUUGGCUACUCUAUUUACUAUGAUUGGAGGUCAAAAUGAUCCUUCUGAUUUGAUUGAAGAAUUGUUAGCAAAUGGAAGUGACACUUCAAACUAUGAAAAAGCUGUUAUUUUAUGGGUAUCGAAAAACCUUUUGAAUGGUCACUUUGGAAAUUCAAGAGAAAAUAAAAUUGUUGAUGAAUUUUUAGAUUUUGAUGAAGAGAUUGAAAAACAGGAAAUUCCAGAGAUUACAAAUGCAGUUAUGGAAUUCUCAAAGGGUAUGCUUGACGAAACCUCGGAAAAUCAUAUCAACCAAGAAGUUGAGUUGAUCAAUUCAAUUGCAGUUGAUGUUAUAGGUGUCGUUGCAUAUCACAUGAGAGAAGAUUUUAGAUAUGAGUUGAUAGAUUAUCUUUACCCUGUUGUUGACUCUAUGGCUUCAUUAUCAGAAAAUGUGAGAAGACAUGCUUUAAACACAUGUAUGAUCAUUGCAGAUACUCUUUAUCAUGGCUCUUUGUAUGAAGUUGUAUUGGAUAACUCAGAUUAUUUAGUUGAUGCAGUCUCAAUAAGACUGAGUAAUGCGAUGACCACAAGGGCAACUGCAAUCUUGGCUGUCUGUACCAAAAUAGCUGGUUUCAAAAUCAUUGAAAGUUUCAAAGAUGUGAUCGAAAUCAUUUUCAGUUUGCUAGAUUACUACCAUGGUUAUGAGGAUUUAUGUAUUGGGUUCUUUGUUUUAUUUGAGAUCAUUGCUGAUGAAACAAGGAAAAAAUAUUUGCAUGAUUACGGGGUGGAUAAACUUGAGUUUUUUGAUAGCACCUCAACAUUUGCACCAUGGGGUUUGCAAAAUGUUGAACAGUUGAAAAACUUGCUGGACAAAACUCAAAGAGAUGUUUUGGUGGAACCAAAAGGAAAAGAACUCGAAGAAGAUGUUGAAGGUGAAAUCAAUGCGCCAGAUAGUGAUGAUGAGGAUGAACAAGAACCAAGUGCUCCAGAAUUAUCAGAAAAAGAAGAAAAAUGGACAUCACCAGUCCCAGAAAAUAUUUACAAAUUACUGCAGCAAAUAAUGUACUAUGGUGAGCGUCUUCUAACACAUCCAUCUGCCAAGCUACAUAUUCAAAUCCUAAGUACCUAUAAAAAGGUUUUACCAAUUUUAGCAACAUCCACCAAGCAUUUACAUCCAAUAGUUGCCUCUUUAUGGCCAAUUGUCUCAAAGAAGGCCAACGACAGUGAUCCAAAGAUUGUCAUCCCAGCAGCCAAGGUUGUGUCACAGGUUCUGGAAUAUAGUGGUGGGUUUCUUUCAUCAAGAUUUGUUGAUUUUUGGGAAGUAUUAAAAAGCAACAAAUUAUUGGUUUCAGCUAAAACAAGUGUUUCAAGUAAUAGCAAAGUUGUUUUACCUGGGCUGAACUCAAAGGCUUAUGAAGAGUUGGUUGAUAUGUUAGUUACUGGAUUGGAUUGUUUGGGGAGAUUUAUUUCAGAUGUUGUUGCUGAGGAUAUUGUCAGUAAUUGUAUUGGCGUUGUUCAAGAUAUUGAGAGAUUUGGUAUCAAUUCAGAUAUUGCAUGGAGCAUGAAGCUGGAGAAAUUUGAUAUUAACAAAUCAUUGAGCUGUCCAGAGUCAUUUAUCGGAGCACAUGAGAAAGUCUAUAAAUUUGCAAGUAUAGUAUAA